AUGGCAAUGCUUACUCAUAUGUUAACAUGUACAAAGAUGCCUAAAAGUGUUGAUAAAAGUGAAACUCAAAUAGGCUUUCAAUCUGUUCAGGGAGGGAAUACGAGUUAUGUGGUUGUUGUUUCCAGCAAGAACAAUGUAGGAGAGCUUUAUGCCGCAAGGGCUAUUGAGUUUGAAAAUGCAUUUUCCAGUUAUACUGCUCGUGAUAUUGGCUUGUUACAUUACCUUCAGUUUGUUGAGGAUGAAGAUGGAAGCAUUGUUGGUGCCCUUUUGAGUGAUGACUGGGACAAUGUAAGAAAAAUUGCUAAUUUUCUUCAAUUUUUUUAUGAUCUUACCAGAGAAAUAUCUGGAUCACACUAUGUCACAACAAACUCACAUUUUCUUAAAAUUUGUGAGGUUUCUUGUUAUUUGAAACAAUUGAUAUCGAGUGAAAAUGAUAAUGAUGAUCUUUUGGGUAAAAUUGCUUCGAAUAUGAGAGAAAAAUUUGAUAAGUAUUGGGCUACUCCAAAGAAGAUGAACAAGAUGAUUUUUAUUUCUUGUGUUUUGGAUCCUCGUCACAAGUUUGUUUAUGUUGGCUUUGCACUUCAAAUGAUGUUUGGGAAAGAAGGUCCAAUUUUAGAGAAAGGAAUUAGAGACUACACGGAUUUGUUGUUUGGUGAAUAUGUAAAGUCAUUUUCUAAAGAUAAAGAUAGUCAACACUUUUCAUCUUUAUCUAGUUCUUCAUUUGAAAAUUCUAGUUCAUUGCUUUCAAGUUCAGAAUUGCAAAAAUAUCUUGCUGAAGAAAAUGAAGUUGAAAGCAAGAACUUCAACAUCUUGUCUUGGUGGAAAAUAAACUCACCUAGAUUUCCCGUUCUUGCUGAGAUAGCUCGGGAUGUGUUAGCUAUUCCUAUUUCAAGUGUGGCAUCCGAGUGUGCAUUUAGUACUGGUGGACGUAUCUUGGAUUCAUUUAGGAGUUCAUUAACUCCUAAAUUGGUGCAAACUCUAGUGUGCCUUCAAGAUUGGAUUAGAAGUGAAUCACGACCUAUAAGUGUUGAGGAAGAUAUAGAUGUCCUUGAACAGCACGAACAAGAUGGUGCUUCUAAAGGAAACCCUGGUCCAAGUUCUAUAACAUUUUGUAUUAGAAAUGAUGAAGGGGAUACUCAAUAUGCUCUAUGUAGAAGGAUGGCAGACUCUACUAGUCUAUUUGCUGAGGCUACGACUUUGAAGGAAGAUAAGAGAGAUGAUUGA